AUGGUGGACAUAGUCGCUGACCUGAGCACUCUGUGUUUUGAGAGCGGGCUCGCUGACGACGAAAAGAAGUUACUUUACCUCCGUGCGCGCUCGGCUGGACUGACAUUUUGCGGGUGCGCGCACGCAGCUUUCGUGUGUGAACUCAUCGACUCGCUAAGAUGUGCCAUCAAAAGGCGCACAGCGAAAAUCAGAAAGCCAGUGGCACCAGGAGAGGACGACGACCUCCGCGUGGGUAUACUUGGGAUGGGCCAUCUGGGAAAACAGCUGUGCCUAGCACUUCUUGAAAAGACCAAAAUCAAACCCUCACAUAUUAAGAUCUCCACUAGGAGACCAGAGUUAGCAGUGGAAUUUGUCCAUACAGAAGUUGAAUGUUUCUUUGACAAUCGCAGACUGGCAGCAUGGGCGGAUGUUCUUUUCCUUUGCUGUCUGCCCUCUCAAAUCCCAAAAGUCUGCGUUGAUCUCCACUCUCAUCUGGCAAAACACUGCCUUGUGUACAGUUUCACCUCUGCCAUUCCUGUCACCAGAUUAGCUAAGCUUCUUGGACACGACUACAUCCUGAAGCCGAAGUAUGACGUCGUCUCUUGUGACACUGUGGAUGUUUGGCUGUCCUGCAGUCCCGUGGCCUCAGCUUUAUCAGAUCCUUUGCUGAUAGAAGCAUCGUGUCCUCUCACAAUGAAAGGAGGUAUUUCUCUGGGUCUGAACUGGGUGUGUGCGGUGCUGUAUAUCCUGUUGAAUAUCUGCACCUCUGCCACUCUGGGAUCCAGUGAGGCUCUCCUCUUAAUUAAAUCAAUAUUUAAAGAAAAAUGUGGAGACACUGUGCAAUUAAAUGCACACAGUUUCAUCAAUUCAUCCUAUGCAUCUUCUCUUCCCUCAGAUGAGCCUUUUCCCUGGAUUUCACUUAUGGAUGCCCAGAUCAGGGAGACCCCGCUGCUGCGCUUUCUAUCAAGCAGUAAAUCUGUGCAACAGCGCCUCUCUGCAGCUUAUAAAUCCCAGAUGGAGACACCAGCAAAGUGA